AUGCAAGCACGACCAACCGAAAUCAAGAUCCGUCUCCCAGAUGACUUCAAUGGAGACAGGAAGAAGACCCGAACAUUUUACCUCGCCACUCAACUUUACAUGAUGGCCAACAAGCACAUCUACGACACAGACGAGAAGAAGAUCACGUUCUUCAUCUCCUUCUUGAAAGAAGGAACUGCUGGCCCAUGGGCUGAGGCAGAGAUGACGAAGGCAUUUACCAAUGACCAAGGAUUUGGCACAUGGGAAGCCUUCACAACACGAUUCCUGAACGCCUUCACUGAGGCAGACACCGCUGGAGAUGCGAGAGCAAAGUUGCGCGUGUUGCGCCAGACGGCCACAGCAGACGAAUACAUUGCGGAAUUCCGC